GUCUGCGUGACCGCGGCAGGUUGGUCCCGGAGCAGAUGAGCGCAGAAUAUUUAGGCGAAAGCGCACGGAGGGGGGUUGUGCGGGGAAGGAGGAGUACCUCGGCCAAGAAAAUUAUGCAUGCGUUAGGGAAGCUGUGAGAGAAUGGCUGUGGAAGCUCUCCACUGCGGUUUGAAUCCACGGGGUAUUGAUCAUCCUGCUCAUACUGAAGGCAUUAAACUGCAAAUUGAAGGUGAAGGUGUUGAGUCUCAACCCAUUAAAAACAAACAUUUCCAGAAGGUGCUUGACCAAAAAGGAACCCCUAAGCGACUGCAGGCAGAAGCUGAGACGGCUAAGUCGUCUACGGUGAAGCUGUCAAAACCAGUGGCUCUGUGGACUCAGCAGGAUGUCUGCAAGUGGUUGAAGAAACAUUGUCCGAAUCAGUAUCAGAUCUACAGCGAGUCAUUCAAACAGCAUGACAUAACUGGGCGAGCUUUGCUGAGACUUACUGACAAAAAGCUUGAGCGAAUGGGGAUUGCCCAGGAGAACCUCCGGCAGCACAUCUUGCAACAGGUGCUCCAGCUGAAGGUGCGGGAAGAAGUCAGAAACCUACAGUUACUCACACAAGCCUCAAUCGAGGGUUCUCCAUAAACGUGGUGAGCCUUCCAAGCUCCUCUCCUGCCAGUGGAUAUGAACACGACCUGCUCCUCCCAGAGAGACUAACUCGUGGCCCUGCCAGACGAUCCCCUUGGAGCAUUGACAGAUUAACCAGAUUAACUGCGGGGGAAAGCACCCAUCCAGUCAAGCUGAUGGGCUUUGGAAAAUCUUAGCUUGCCGUGGAUUUGAAAACGAGGUGCAUUACAUGCAGUGCCCACUCGUUGCAAGCGGUCAUCGGCAGACGAUUAGCUGGAAAAUUGCUUCCAGUUUUCAUCACUGUGCAUCACUCCGGCCCCCUUCGGGGAGCUGUCUGUGCCCCUCCCUGGAAGUCCUGUUUCUGCAUGGCAUCUACUGGAUUCUCUUACUAUGUGUGCAGAUGGCAUGAUGUGUUAGACAACAAUUACAGCAGUUUUGCAAUCUCGGUGGAGGUGUUUACCAUAGUGUGCCCUGGUAGGAAUGUCCACAUGUCUCCAUUAUGUUAGGUAUAACAUCUAAAAGUAUUCUGUCCAACUCUUAAGCACUUUAUAGGAGACACGAAUCAGCACGUUCAGUACCUGUGAGAAAACAAGUAUUUUCUUUUUUGUUUUUUUCUUUAUAAAUCUUGUCUUAUUUCUGGCGCAGACUGUCCGAGACAAAGUCCACUCCUAGCAUAUCCCCAGUUGUUUAUGGUAGAUCAGUGUAAAUAUGGCCACAAUACUGUUAGACUUAACCUCUUGACACUUUCCUGAACAACUGGAUCCCAAAGGAAAGUAGAAGUGGGCUGAUUGUAAUACCUUAGCUCCUGGCUCCUGGCUCCUUGCACUGAGGCACAACGUAACCACUUGCACAUACAACCACUCAAACACAGGAGGCUUCUCCUUGGCCAGCGUGCAUGCUCUCGAAGUCUAUAGAAGAGUUCUUUCAAAUCAAAAACAGGGAAAUGGCCUUCUUUUAAUCGAAGACCAUGCUGGGUGGAUGUUAAGGGCAGCAGAAUGCAGUUUGCCAGUGGUCUGACUUUAAAACCGUGGAAGACUUCCUAGGUCAAGUUCAAAUCAUAGCUCUCUGGGGAGAAAAACCAGCAAGUGACUCCUGGGUGCCUAGAGAAGGAAAAAGAUCCAAUUGCACAUGAGGUUUUCUCCUCAAUAGAGAACCUGCUAGUCCCUGUUAAUUCUUUCUAGGAUUAUACCCACAACUAGUUUUUUGUUUGUUUGUUUGUUUGUUUUACUGUCUUACAACAAAGCACAGAUCUGGGGAAAAGGUUAAUCCAGUUAUUGCUUAUCUUUAAGCAUUAGAAAAUUGUCCAAUGAACUGACCCUACAGAAUGUUUUAGCAUUUUUUCCCCUGAAAAUAUAAAUUUGGCUGAAUCAAAAACUCAGCAAAGCAUUUCUGUGUGCCCAUGGUCUCAGCCUGGCACUGACAGGCAUGGAAUAAUUUGCUAUAAAUACAUGAAACAACUCUGGGACCCUUCCAGCACAAGCAAGCUGUGCCUUUUAGGGGGUCACCAGACACCCUCUCCCGCGUUUUGCUUCCCCUGGGGUCUCAGGAAACCAUAGCCCACUGAAAAAAAGGGCUUAUACUGAGAUUUGGAAACCUGACAGGGAAGAGCAAAGAGGUCAAAGGUGAUGGGGGUGAGUAGGGUGACUCACCCGUCAGGUUGUGGUGCCAAAGAAGGGGGCUUCCAAGAGGGAACUCAGAGGAGUUUCAAUAUCCCCAAGAGCUGACCCUCCAACAUGUUAGCAAUAGGACCAUCAGGCCCCCCAGCAGACCACAGUUCUUUACAAACCCUGCUGCCAACUCCUCUGGACAUAGCAUGCCAAUCUCCUCUCACCUCCUCGGUUUCAAUUCUAAGAGCAGGGUUUCCUCCUUUCCUUCCUCCCUUUAUUCAGCAAGGAUUUGCUGAGCACCUACUGUGUGCCAAACAUUGUGCUGGGGCAGCAACAGUGUACAAGGCAGAGUCUCUCCACCUUUUGAAAGAGCUCCUUCUCCCGAACACUGUCCCCACCCCGUCUUUUUCAUAAUGAUGCCAGCACUGGGACAGCAUUCACCCCCUGCCAGAGUAAGCUGGGGAAAUGCCUGGAAAAGGGGGCAGAGGAGGAAGGGGUGGUGGACGGCAUUGAGCCACGUAUUGGCACCCUUCAUGCAUAGCCAACUCUCCCAGGGCCCAGAUGUAGCUGGGAAGAGCUUCCCAGAGCAGCUCUCCAUUGGUUUCUUUGAUGUCUAUCCUGGUCACCUAUAUUGCCAUCCUUUUCAGAGACACAAAAACCUCCUUGCUGUAUUCUCUGAAACUCCAAUUCCAUAAUUAGUCCUGGGGACACAGAAUUGGACCUGAUGCAUCCAAGAGAACUACUGCCAGAUGCUGAGAGAGCGUAGCUGGGAAUUGAUUGGUUUAACCAGGACUUUCUGAGACCACUGCGAACACCCGUGGAAAGCCAGACACGCUUGAUGGUGCAGAUGUUCAUAAAAUGACGAUGGUUCAUCUUCAUCCUUACUUACUCUGGCUUUUGUGAAAUACAUUCUGAGCAAUUAAAUAAGUUGAGUUUCCUAGCUUUUUUCUUUCAGUUAAAAGAGUGCUGGAACAUGGUGGUGGGUGAAGUUGGAGCUGGGGAAGACGAAGAAGACAAUGGAAGAGCCCAGUUGAAGAUGGAGACGGCUUCUCUAAAAAUGCCUUAAUUCCUG